UGGGGUUGUGGUUAGGGUUAGAGCUUGAUUUAGGGUAAGGUUUAGGGUUAGAUUUUGGGUUAGGUUUGGAUUUCUGAUAUAAGAUUGUGUUUAGCUUGGUUUUAGGUUCAGAGCUAGAUUCAGGAUUAGGGUUAGAUUUAAAUUUUAGGUUCAGGGUUAGGGUUAGAUUUAAGGUUGGGGGUAGGGUUGAUAUAGGGUUGUGGUUAGCUUGGUGUUAAGGUUAGAGCUAGAUUCAGGGUUGGGAUUAGAUUUAGGUUUAGGGUUAGGUUUGGAUUUAAGGUUAAGGGUUAGAUGGUGUUGGGGUUACAUCUCGAUUUAUGGUUAGGGUAUCUGCGAAGGUAGCAUGAUUCCACUAUCACAACAAUCCAUUACAUGCUUGAAUAAGGUCAAGGGGCGUUUCACAGGAUACAGCAUGUUGGCCAGCCUCGAACCAAUCCGCUACCUGCAAGAACUUCAUCCUCAGGAUCCUUCAAGCGGAGGAAUGGACCUGGACGUGAUAGACGAGUAUCUGAAAGAACAGACCAGACAAAACAUCCAGACCCGGACAGAGGAAAGUCUUCUAGCAGAAAACAGUUGGUCGGGUCCAUUUGCCUACGAGUGGCCCUACAGAGGGACGGUGGGGGCAGAAAACACAUGCUGUGAAACAGAGCAGAGUCAACAACAGCAGGUGUGGAUGAAUCUAUCCAGCUAUAAUGAGUGGGGAGGACAGUACCAGUUUGAUCCCCCUCCCUGCAGUGACACAGAUUCACACUCCUCCAGCUCGGGGUAUCAGGAGUUCCCUCCGUCUCCUCCAUCGCACUCACACACCACUUCUCUUUCGGCAGGUAAAAGGAAGGAGCGUCUAUUCCAGUUCCUGUAUGAGAUGCUGCAGACACCUCACAUGCGCAGUUGCAUCUGGUGGGUUCAGUCGGCAAAUGGUACUUUUCAGUUCUCGUCACAAAACAAAGAGAAGCUCGCCGAGAUGUGGGGCAAGCGCAAGGGCAACCGUAAAACCAUGACGUAUCAGAAGAUGGCACGUGCUUUGCGUAACUACUCACGCACCGGAGAGAUCUAUAAAGUGAAGCGCAAACUCACGUAUCAGUUUACCGAGAGAACGCUCAGGGGGCUUCAGAACAACGCACAGAAAUUCACCCAAAUCUAACUGUAGCAACGACAGGAUAAAAAUCUAAUCCCUUUGAUGUGGGACAACAACCUGAAUAAAUACUGAGUAUUUGUAGUGAAUUUGAGACUCAUAAUUUUGCUCAAAUUAUCCAUAUUGAUUUUAUCUAAAAAGAAAAAAAAAAUGACAGAAAUAUUUUGUGAUUCAAAGGAAUUUUGUUUUUCUUCAUCACCCUCAGCAUGAAUACGAAUCUUACACAAUACACGAUUGUAACUUUAAACAAGGACGCGUUUACAGCGUACCUUAAAAAAAAAACGAAGAGUACCUGAGCAGUACCAUUUUUUCUGACAGUGUUUGUAAAUCUGAGGAUUGUCAUGUUGCUCUUAGCUACGUUCUAGUAGUGCAACUGUAUAGCAGUAUAGUAGAAAGUAAUAAAAAGUGACGUCUUUUUUUUUUUUUCAUUAAAAAUGUAAUAUUUCUACUUUUGGGUUUCGGUCAAUCGCAUGUAAAUCUGAGAAUUGUUGUCCAAAUGCACCGUUUAGUUUGUAAUGAAAUAAAAAUCGAUCGUGGGAAACUA